AUGCCGUCGCGCUCCGAUGAGGCGUCGUCAAGUCGCCAGCAGUACGCGUCCACUUCCACCAUCUCCUCCCAAUCGCCUGGACGAAGAGCGCUCAAGGUGGUGCUGAUCGGCUCAGCAGGCGUAGGCAAGACGGCUUUGAGAGACCACGUGAGUGUCGUGCAUAGUUGUGCGCAAUGAUGAAGCCGGGCACAUUGACCCAAGGAACGCUCUGGCUCCAUCCAAAGUGGCAUACCAACCGCUUCAACGCUUCUUACAGGGCGACCAUUGGCGCUGACUUUGUCACAAAGCAGAUCGACAGACCAGAUCCUCCGCCUAGAACGAGGCGGCCAAAGGGAGGCACCAUCAGCGUCGCUGUCUGGGAUGUGAGUGGUGCAGCAGUGCAGCUUUGGCACUCCAUUACAUGGCAUUGAUGGACGCGUGUUCCCGCACCGCAGACUGCAGGCCAGGAGCGGUUUCGCUCAUUGGGUAGAGCCUUUUACCGAGGUGCAGAUGCCGUCAUACUCGCUUACGACGUUACCCGUCCAGAGACGCUAUGCGAGACAAAGACCUGGUGGGCGGACUUCAAAAGCGCCAAUGGCUUCCACAGUAGAGCACCUGCCAAAGGCGCCAAAGGAGCUGGCAUGCACCAUCAGCACGCCGAGGAUGAGGCGGCGCUGCAAACUUGGUUGAAGACGGUCACGCUGGUCGCUGUUGGAUGCAAAGCAGAUCUGUUGAGCUCAGAGAGGCAAGUCGAUUCUUUUGAUGAGCGACGCAACAGGGCAACAAGCGAAGCGCAGAAGUGGUUUGACGGAUUGCUGCGUCAGCGCUUGGAAGAGCCAAGAGAAGCAGGCUCAAACAGUAACCACAAGGAGCGCGACACGGCAGAAGCUCAGCACGCAGCCGAGCCAUACGAAAUGUCUGAGAACAAUGUGACGCAAGCGGACCACACCGAAGAUCAUGUUGCUGCAUCUUCAUCCUCCUCCGACAGCGGGCCGACCGCUCGACCGCCCCUGAGCACGCGCGGAAGUGAUCCAAGCGGAAGACGUCCGAAUUCGACGACGACCAUACAUGCCCAGCCUACCAGCUUAGUUGGCGUCGAGCCUCAGCAGCCCGGCUCAAAGCAGCAGGUUAAUGAUGACGAGCCUGCAGACGCGCAGCUUCAUGCCAGACGGUCAAUCGCAUCGAUCAAUCUCGUUCACGCGGAGACGGAGCCUGAUCCCGAGAGACGUGCUCCGAAUGCCGGCAAUUCGCGCAUCGUGCACUCACCAGAGGCGGAAGUAGGAGAGCCAGAUAAGACGGCAGGCGAAGGCGAUGCGGCUGGCAACCCGGAAAUUGUCGAAGCGAGCAGCACCACUGAGGCCGCCCGAGAUAUUCCGACCACUCAGAAGCGCAAGAACGACACAUUGUCGAUCUCAACCUCCUACGGAAUCACACCGCCCGCCACUCGAGCAAACGGUCAACGAGCGAAAGUUGCUCGCACGCCCACACGAGUCAGAGGCAGGUACGAUAGCGCGGCUAGCGUGGCCAGUACUAUCGCUGGCGGAGCUAGUCUGUACCACACGCCUAGAGGCAGCACGAUGUAUUCGUUCAAUUCGAGCUCCAGCGAGGAAAGUCGGCAGCGUGCUGAAGCAGUAGCGCGCACACCUCGUCCUGAACUCGAGGAUCAAACUAAUGACAGCGAAGACGGCGGGAGGACUCCUCGCGGUGAAGCUCAAGCAGCGCAAGGCAGCAGUUCAAAUGCGUUCGACGUGAGCGCUUUGGACAGAGCAUUGCACCAGGCGCAGGAUGAGCCAGGGCAAGGAGAUGAGGCGCAGCCCUCCGCGAGCGAAGAUGAAAAUGGUGCUGCCUACUCACAACAGAUCAGACCGGGCCAGCUGGAAGGCGAGCCGAUUCCCUUCCCAAGCACACCAUCUGCGGACCGAAUAGCUGACGUCAGGCGUGCUGCCAGAUCUCGCAAGGGAUCCAGCAACGCGGCACGGACCUCUGGGGCUCGAAGCAAGAGUAGAAUGGGCGGCGAUAAGUCAAAUUUGCAGCCUCCAGCUCUGGAGUUGCCUGCUCGACCCACAACGCUGUACGAGGCACCACCUGUCUCGGUAGGCUCUGGCUUUUUGCAUCGUGCCGCGGCCGAACCGAGUGGCGCGUCAAUGGCACAGGAUGCCGGCGCGCAUCGAAGUCUUUCUCUGGAUGAAGAGAGCGUGAGGAGCGAAUCUGACUACGAUGCUGCUUGCGAGGAUGACGAGGAGCCCACGGCGCCCGCGCAAGGCUUUGUCCUGCACCUCACAUCAGCAAAGACAGGGCAAGGCGUGUCUGGCGUGUUUGAAGAGCUCAUCGAGCGAGUGUCUCAGAGGUGGGAGGUGGAGGAGUGGGAAGAGAGACAGGCACAAUAUUUGAACGGAGGAUUUGGAGUGGAUGUGGAUGGCAAGACGAAGGAGAGGAACGCCAAGGGAAAGGGAUGGUGGAGGUUCGGCAGAGGACAGCAAAACGUAGAGUUGACGUGGGAGCAGAGGGAAGAGAUUCAAGUUCGCAGAGGCAUUCGGAUAGCUGCUGGCAAGGAACCGAGAAAUUGCUGCGGUACGUGA